CCUUUAUAACUGCCGCCAGGCUCGCGGCUCGGCAGAGCAGCGCGGCCACGCGUCCCCAACGUCCCCGAUCGCGUUCCCCAACCGCCACCGUGUACCCGGGACGCCAUGGGGGGCCCGCGCUGUGCCCCGCUGCUGCUACUCCUGCUGCUGUCGCCGCUGCUCACGCCGCCCGCCGGGGAUGCCGCGGUCAUCACCGGGGCUUGCGACAAAGACUCGCAGUGUGGAGGAGGCAUGUGCUGCGCUGUCAGUAUCUGGGUUAAGAGCAUAAGGAUCUGCACACCCAUGGGCCAAGUGGGAGACAGCUGCCACCCCCUGACUCGGAAAGUUCCAUUUUGGGGGCGGAGAAUGCAUCACACUUGUCCCUGCCUGCCAGGCUUGGCGUGUUUACGGACCUCUUUCAACCGGUUUAUCUGUUUGGCCCGGAAGUGAUCCCUCUGAAGCAGGAACUUGAAGUAUGAACCUCCCCUGCACAAUGUCUGUCAAGUCUCACUUGUGAGUGUGUCAAACAAAGAAUAUGCCAGAAAGAAAUGCUCUCGCUUCCUCAACUUCCCAAGUCACAUUUUAAGGUGACUUUUUUUUUUUUUCUUUUCGAAGGAGGGUUUUGAUUUUUGGAUAGACAUAUAAAGGGCACAGCAUCCUGGAAAGACUUCUCAUUUCCCUGUUUAUGUUUCGGCUUGACAUUUUUUUUUGAAUACCAGUAACAACCGUGUUCACAAACAGGAGAAUAAGAGUAGGUAUUUUGUUGCAGAAGCUUUGUUUUUGUCCUUUGCAGCCCCUCUGUCCAUCCUGCUGAGCGCACAGACAUGCCCUCCCUUCAGAGGCUCUGAUGGUCCUCACUUUAGCCUAACGUUCUAAAGUGGGGUCUCUACAGCCCCCUGGCUUGCUGGUAGACCUAGUAAGGAGGCUCAAACAGCUAGCUCUGUUCUCAUUUGGUGGCAAGAGGGUGCACUGGAACCAGACACUCCAGACGGCUCUUUGGGAGCAGAAGUUGAGAGUGCUUCUGGGAUUUUUCCUGCACCCAUCUCGCCCAGGGGCUUUCAGUUCUGCCCUUUAACUGCUGGGAGGACAAAAUUAAUGGGACACUGGAGGAAUGUGGUCCGUUUUUCUAGAUUUGUUUAAGCAAAAGGCGUUUUCUCCCUAAUGAAAUAUUACAUUUCUUUUUUCAUUGAAGAUCUUUUUUUUUUUAAUCUUCUUGUUGGAGACAUUCUAAGGAAUGUUACUUGAGGGUGAAGCAUUGAUUUUCAUCUGGCAUGACAGGCGUCAUCAUUUAAAAAUCGGUGUUAAGUUAUAAUUUAAACUUUUAUUUGUAAUCCAAAGGUCUAUUGUAAUGGAUUUCCUGAUAUCUUGACAUUUGUACUGGUAUCACUAUUUCUAUG